AUGGGGAUUGUGCCUCCACAUCAACAGCAUCCUCCAAUGCAAUUGGUUGUCGUGAUGGUGAGUGCAGUGGUUAUACUGGUUACUGCUGUCGUCCUUGUCGCCUUCUUCUUUAACAAGUGCAGUCGAGUGCAUACGAAACUUUUAAAGAAGACGUUGCUGGCUAAGAAGAAUAGUUAUAAAUCUGCCCCAGGAGUAACAAUCACGUACACGAAAGAAGACAGCCUUCAGCAUCAGAGCAGCAGUGGUGCAGCGCACCACGAUGAGUGGGAACUGGACGCCAGGGAAGUUACCCUCGGGGUCGAAAUAGGUCAGGGCGCUUUCGGCCUAGUUAUGACGGGCUACUAUAGAAGUCAACAAGUUGCUAUCAAGGUUAUAAAAGGCGAUGUACUGCCAUCGUACAAGGAAGAAUUGUUGAGGGAGAUCCAGCUGAUGAAAACAAUCGGUCGACACAACAACAUCGUCUCCAUCGUGGGCGCCUGCACCCUUAAAGAUCCCAUUGCCCUUAUCAUGGAGUACAUGCCAUUUGGGAACCUCCAGUCAUUUCUACAGAAAUGCCGUUUAGAGGGAGAAAUGCGGCGGACGAACCACGGGGUGGAGAUGGACUACUGCCCUCUGGACCAUUUGACCGGCACCAAAGAAUCAUGGUCCAUCAGCGCUACGGACCUUCUAUCGUUUGCUAGACAAAUUUCCGUAGCUAUGGAAUUCAUCUCCGAUAAAAAGUACGUCCACAGAGAUGUGGCCGCGCGAAAUGUUCUCGUCAGCAGCAACAAAAUCGUUAAACUCUGCGAUUUCGGGCUAGCCCGCAUCGUCCAAAAUGGUGACCAGUACUGCAAACUGACCAAUGGUAGGCUGCCAUUGAAGUGGAUGGCCUUAGAGUCUAUUCGCGAUAGGAUAUUCACCACUCAGAGUGACGUUUGGUCGUAUGGAGUUUUACUCUGGGAGAUAACGACGCUGGGUUCGACUCCCUACCCCGACAUAGCCCUGAUCGAUCUGUACAGGCUGCUCUGUGAUGGAUUCAGGAUGAAGAAACCAGCCAACUGCUCGUGCGAACUCUAUAACCUGAUGCGCGAGUGUUGGCUGGAGAGUCCGGACAAGCGUCCGACAUUCAACGAGAUCAAAUUAAGGUUAGAAGGCCUGCUGGCUCAGAAAGGAAAUUACCUUGACCUUGAACUAAUUGACAGCUCAUUGAACCGCCUUAAAAGACCCCCCACCCCCGUACAGCCAAUAGAAUUUCGACACUCUCCGACAACAUACCUCAACAAACGCCCUCUCACGUGGAAUAGUGACGAUAGUUCAGGAAAAAGUUUGAAAUACAAAAAUGACGUUAACGACGAUGACGACGAUGACGACUGUAACGUGGUGUGGAAAACUUCUGGAAGCAAUGAUUAUCAGGAACCUCGAAAAGUUUUCAAAUCCUCCAUUAUGACGUCAUCUUCGCGUAAGGGGAGCGGCAGCUACCACAUGACGACAACCACCGUCGUCGAUAGCGAUCUGGAAGAUGUGGUCGCUGAUGAUGAUAAUGCUGCAAAUGUUGCAGACGAUGACGACGAUGAGGAUGAAGACGAUAGGGAUGAUGAAGUUUUCGACCAGCUAGUGUGA